AUGCCGAGCCCCGAGCGUUCUAUUAUCCGCGAGGUCUGGGCAGAAAACCUGGAUCAAGAAAUGGCGCUUUUGCGGGAACUGGUCGAUCACUAUCCGUAUCUUGCGAUGGACACAGAGUUCCCAGGCGUCGUUGCACGGCCCAUUGGCAAUUUUCGGACAUCGGCUGACUACCACUACCAGACACUUCGAUGCAACGUGGAUCUGCUCAAGAUGAUCCAGCUCGGCGUUACCUUUGCGGACGAAAAUGGCAAUGUGCCCAAGGAUGCAUGCACAUGGCAGUUCAACUUCAAAUUCAACCUCAACGAUGACAUGUAUGCGCAGGAUUCCAUUGACCUAUUGAUCAAGUCUGGUAUCAACUUUCAAAAACACGAAGACUUUGGUAUCGACAUCCACCGGUUUGGAGAGCUUCUGAUCAGCUCAGGAUUUGUCCUGCUGGAUGAUGUCAAAUGGAUCUCCUUUCACAGUGGAUAUGACUUUGGUUACCUUCUCAAGGUGUUGACUUGCAGCGCAUUGCCUGGAGAGGAGCACGAUUUUUUCGAGUUGUUAAGGACAUAUUUUCCUUGCAUCUACGACAUUAAGUAUCUGAUGAAGAGCUGCAAGAACCUGAAGGGUGGCUUGCAGGAUCUCGCCAAUGACUUGCAGGUUGUACGGAUCGGCGCACAGCAUCAGGCAGGAAGUGAUAGUCUUUUAACUUGUUCAGCGUUUUUCAAGAUGAGACAGAUCUUUUUCGAUGACACUAUCGACGACAGCAAGUACCUUGGAUACCUGUAUGGACUUGGAUCGGCGGUCGGAUCGACGGGGGCCCAGCCUCCCAAUUCUAUCGCUGCUUUCAACUCUGCAGCGGGAAGCGAUAGCCCGCUUAUUACCAACGCGUCAGCAGGUCUGGCGAAUGGUAAGCUUAACGGUUUUCAGAAGCCAGCAAUAAACGGCAACUAA